AUGGCCGAUACGCCCUUAACAAUUUCCACGAUCCUCUCCGAAGACCUCCUCCUCUCUAUCGCGCCCUACUUACACCCCAAGGAUAUAUCUGCGCUAUCCCUCACCAACAAACUCAUCAACAAUUUACUCACCAGUGCGCAAGGGGUAUACAGACAUAUCGACUUUUCACCAGAGAAGAAAAAGUUCCAAAAUGCUCAAAAGUUGGUUAGCCCGACAAUCCUAUCGGCCACACGAACGUUGGUCCUCGACUUCACCCUCGUGGCGAUCCCUCAGCUGGAGUCAAUCCUCUAUUCAUCAAACAUUACCCUCCUCUCCAUCCGAGGAUGUAAGGGAAUUGAUGAACGUGCACUUAUGGCCCACCUCUCGCCCGAGCGCGGCACCAAACUGAAGGGAAUCUACUACUUCACUGACCCCGCCCCAACCACCAGCCGUUUCGUACAAAAGUCCGUGACAAAAUUCCCCAACGAAUGGGCGUUGGUGAUUUCCAACUGUAAGGAUAUCUGCUUUGACACGAGGGUCUGUCGAGGGUUAAAGCAUCAAACCGAUGAGGUCGGUCACAUUGAGCCCCGCAUCUCUGAUGUUAAGCUAGAGGGUGGAUGCUCUGGCUGUGGGGUUAAUCUAACCAGCGAGGGAUUGCCGAAUGUACUUGUCGCUCCAGCGCCGUUGCACUCAUCGACUAUCAGGGUGGCGUGUAAAGGUAUAGAUGGAAAACCCAUUGCAGACGUGCUUCGCUGCGAAAUGUGUGUUCGUGAGCGGUGGUGUGAAGGGUGCGGGAAAUGGUGGUGUGAGAGUUGCGCCGUGGACAAGAAACACGUUACCAGACCAUGCCUCGAGUGCGGGUUUCAGUGUGGGGAAUGCAUCGCCGCAGUGACCCUUUUCUGCCAAAGCUGCAAGAGUGGAUACUGCACCACGCACAACGAAGGCGCAGACGACAUCCAGUGUGAAUGGUGCAAAGCUUCAUCUGCUCGACGGGGCGCUUCCGCCACCGCCUCGAACGCCUUCUUGACCUCCGCUGCGGCGUCUCACUAUGCCAUGCUCCGGCUAACCCGGCCGGGGAACACAUUCGUUAAGUCUCCCGCGGGGGCAAGCUAUAAGGGGGGUAUAGGUGGGAGAAAUUUCCAGAAUGAGACGAUUGCCCGGCGGAGGGCUCUCAUGAAUAAUUAAUUAUGACGGUUGCGGGCGUUUUUGGAUAGCUAUUCUGUUGGGAUGGGAGCCUGUUUUUGUGGACAUGAUGUAAAUAUCUCUACUCCUCACUACCCUUUUUAGUUAUUAUUUCAUUAUCACUCUACCCUCUCUUCCG